AUGCUUCCUAAUUUAGUAGGUCGCGAUGUAUGUAUAGUUGGGACUGCUCUUCGUGUGGCCCCUUCAGGACAAAGAAUACAUAUACGCUGCGCAGAUGGGCGGGAAUCGAUUGCAAUCUUCUCUCGCCUCUUCAGGCUUCUCCAGAAAAUCGAGUUAUAG